AUUGCUUUUCAAAAAUCUCCCACGCCAUUGUUCAAUCUUCCGACUACCAUCUUCAAUUGCCAACAAUGACCUUUCAGCAGGAGGCUAAUUCUUGGCGGACUCCCAGAGCCCUCGAAACAUCUCCAGCCCCGGAGGUUGGCUCAAAAGCACCCUCGUCUCCGAAGCUGCGAUUCCCCAACCCCAAUGGAAAAUGCACGGUUAUCACUUUUCUGAGGCACUGCGGCUGCCCGUUCGCCGAGAAGACUUUCGAUGAGCUUCGGAAAACUGCUGCCAGGAACCCCGAAGUUAACUUCAUCGCCAUAUCUCAUUCAUCCGAAGAGUCUACCGAGAAGUGGGUUAUCGCCGUGGGCGGCGAAUGGGACGUGAAAGUCAUUGUGGACGCCAAUCGAGAACUGUAUGCGCAAUGGGGCCUGGGCAUCUCCAGCGCGUGGCAUGUUUUGAAUCCAUGGUCCCUUUACUCUGUUUUGCGACUUAUGAGGACCGAGAAAAUUAGUAACAGACCGACGGAGAGUGGUAAUAGGUGGCAGACUUCUGGAAGCUUUGCGGUGGACGGAGAGGGAACUGUACGUUGGUGUAGGGUCGCGAGGGCUGCCGAUGAUAUCCCCAAUUUCAACGAGGCACUGAAGGCACUGGGUGUUAAAACUUGAAUGACUUCUCGACGUUUAGGCCUGGGCGAAAAGUUUCGUUGUUUGAACUUGGAUUGAACCAGCUUCUCGUCGCCUCCAGCUCUGAGGCUGUCCACACCACCACAGAAUUCAUCCGCAAAGAGGAUAGCACUGAAAUAGGUCAAGGCGUGAGAAUCCACAUCGCCACAAGGUCAUUACAUUUUUAAAAUAUUGGGAUUUUUUUUUUGAAGGAGUGUCUAUUCUUCUAGA